UAUAAUAAGCAUAGCUUUAAGAAUGCUUUUAUGCUGCUUGCUUUAGAUGAAUUCUCGGAGAAGUUUGCUAUAUACAAGAUUCUUUUACUGCUCAACUUCUUUUUCGGAUAUAAUCAAGUGCAACUGCAUUCUAAUAGCAGAAAUAUAAUAAUCUUCUUAAUGCUCUUAAGCUUGUUCAGAAUGUAUACUUUAUUUUAG